GCCAAGCCAGUGCUUGGGACUCUGCUAUAAAUUUAGGCCUGUUUAGCCUUCCAGGAGCUCAUCCUUCUUCCACUCCUCCUGCUUUCCUCUAAGCAAAAACCCUAAUUUCUGCAUCUGAUUUCCAGUACCAAAUGGAUCCUUGCAAGUUCACGCCAUCGAGCGCUUACGACACGUCCUACACCACCACCAAUGCUGGCGGAGCGGUUUGGAAUGACGACCAGGCCCUUACUGUCGGUUCUAGAGGCCCCAUAUUGCUGGAGGACUACCACCUGAUAGAGAAGAUAGCCCACUUCGCACGCGAGCGAAUCCCGGAACGUGUCGUGCACGCUCGCGGGGCGAGCGCAAAGGGCUUCUUCGAGUGCACCCACGAUGUCAGCAACCUGACUUGCGCCGAUUUUCUCCGUUCGCCGGGCGUUCAAACUCCGGUCAUCGUUCGAUUCUCUACCGUCAUUCACGAGCGCGGCAGCCCUGAGACCAUACGCGAUCCCCGUGGAUUUGCGGUCAAAUUCUACACGCGCGAGGGUAAUUGGGAUCUGCUCGGCAACAACUUCCCCGUCUUCUUCAUUCGCGAUGGCAUCAAGUUCCCGGAUGUCAUCCAUGCCUUCAAGCCUAACCCUAGGUCUCACAUCCAGGAAUACUGGCGCGUGUUCGAUUUCCUGUCCCACCUCCCCGAAAGCCUGCAUACCUUCUUCUUCCUCUUCGAUGAUGUGGGUGUCCCCUCUGACUACCGCCACAUGGAGGGAUUCGGCGUCAACACAUACACCUUCAUUAAUCGCGAGGGCAAAUCCCACUACGUCAAGUUCCACUGGAAACCGACAUGCGGCGUUCGCUGCCUCCUCGAAGAUGAAGCCGCCGCGGUCUGCGGUCGCAAUCACAGCCACGCUACUCAGGACCUGUACGAUUCUAUUGCCGCCGGUAAUUACCCGGAGUGGAAGCUCUUUGUUCAGGUUAUGGAUCCAGACCAAGAGGACCGCUACGACUUUGAUCCCCUUGAUGACACCAAGACGUGGCCGGAGGACAUCCUGCCACUCCAGCCCGUCGGCCGACUUGUGCUCAACCGAAACAUUGAUAAUUUCUUUGCAGAGAAUGAGCAGCUGGCUUUCGGUCCAGGUCUGGUUGUGCCGGGCAUAUACUACUCCGAUGACAAAAUGCUUCAGUGCAGAGUGUUUGCUUAUGCCGACACCCAGCGUUAUCGCCUGGGCCCAAAUUAUCUCAUGCUGCCCGUCAAUGCGCCCAAAUGCGCUUUUCAUAAUAAUCAUUAUGAUGGCGCCAUGAACUUUAUGCAGAGGACUGAGGAGGUGGAUUAUUACCCAUCAAGGCAUGCUCCCCUGAGGCAUGCAGACAGGGUUCCUAUUCCGUUGCGCCCACUUAGAGGAAAGCGUGAGAAGAUCAUAAUUGAGAAACAAAAUGAUUUCAAGCAAUCAGGGGUGAGAUACAGAAGCUGGGCUCCUGAUAGGCAGGAGAGGUUCAUUCGUCGCUGGGUUGAGGCUUUGGGACAUCCCAAGGUUAGCCAUGAGCUCAGGAGUAUCUGGGUCGGCUAUCUGACUCAGUGCGACGCUACUCUGGGACAGAAGGUUGGCAGCAACCUCAAUGUGAAGCCGAACAUGUAAUGAUGUUAAAUGUGAAGGCAAAGCAGACUAAGCACCCAAUAAAGAAUAUGAGCUUCUUCAGCCCUUUAGAAUAAGGCCAAGUACCAUGUAGCCAUCUUGAUCAUAUAAGAAAGCUUCAAUGCUUGAAGUUUCUUUGUUCUUGUUUGCUUUUGUGGUGUGGUUUGAUAAAUGAACAAUGUUGGAAUUAAUCAUGUAGAAUAUCCUUGGGCAAUGCAUUUGAGUGUAAUAGUUGAUUUUAUGAAUUUUUGUUGGAUAAUGUGUAUGUUCAAAAUGCAAUUAUGUUCA